UCAUGACAAUGGAACUCAGCUCGACGCUUGCCUGUGUGCUGGCCACACUCUUUGUUCUGGGCCUGGGCCUGGUCCAGGCGGAUGUGGGCGUCGCCCAGCAGCGUCUGCGCCUGCAACAGCAGCGACAGUCCUCCUAUCCAGCGGCUGGCUACAAGCCGGCCAUGCAGUUUCCCCUACCCGCAGCCGCUGCUCAGCCCCAGUCCGCUCGCCUGGUGGCCAACAGCGAGGCACAGGAGGAUCUCGACGAUGCCGCCGAGGAAGUGGAGGUGCCCAUGUCAAAGGUAGCGACACCUGUGCCCGUUCCAGCGGCAGCACCAGUGCCAGUGCCAGUUCCAGUUCCAGUCCCAGGGGCCGUGCCUGUUCCAGCAGCAGCUCCAUUCACACCCACAAUCGCCUAUUAUCCGGCGGGAGCUGUGGGCUUUGUCCAUCCCACGGCAUAUGCCAAGAUUAUUGCCGCUCCGCAGCUGCCACAAGCGACAGCCGCCUAUGUGACUGCGCCCCAGUACUAUGCCGCGUACUUUGGAUAAGUGCCCCACUCGGGGGAUGGGCACACGUACCUUAACCCCCAUAGAAAUUAUUCUAAUAAAAGUUUAUUGUUACUGUUGAACACACU